AUGGCUACAAUUAUUCCAGUGGAGGUGAGAUCCACUAAAAUUGGCCUCUUUGCCUUGAGAGCAGCCCAGAUCGAGAAGACCAAGCCCAACGUGGUCUUCAUAAUUUCAAUGAUGAAAUUAAAAUAUACACCCACCAACCUGGUGGAUAAGCUUGAGCAGGUUCGCCGAGUCCCCCAACUCGACCCCUUACCUGCUCUGUAUAUGACUGACAACUAUCGUGACUGA